GCCAAAAUUCAAAAUAAACAUCGCUCCAACUUCAAUGAUCGUCCUCAAAGUUAAGGAUUAUUUACAACUUUUGCUGGGUUUUGAGAGUGUCAAUUAAGAUUGAAGAAGACCUGAGAUAGGAUCUUAAAUAAUCAAGAAUGCCGUCUUUAGACAACGGGAAUGAUGGCGAUGGGGAUUCGAUUAAGGUAUACCUCCGAGUCCGUCCACCUGAUCAGGACAAUGGUUUAGACUCCAGCCAGAUAUUGACCGUCCAGCCACCGGAUAUGGUUAUCCUACCAUGCAAACCUGAGCCCAAAGUCUUUACGUUUGAUCAUGUAGCUGAUAUUAAUACGACACAGGAAGCAGUUUUUGCAGCAGUUGGUAAGAGGACGAUCGAAAGCUGUGUGGCUGGUUAUAACUCCACCAUCUUCGCUUACGGUCAGACAGGAUCUGGGAAGACGUUUACUAUGAUUGGUCCAUCAGAAGACACGGAUACAUUCCACCAUGAGCUACGAGGCGUCAUCCCAAGAAGCUUUGAGUAUCUGUUCAACCUCGUCAACCGGGAAAGAGAAAAGCAAGGAGAACGCUUUGAAAGUAUGUGCAGAGUUUCCUUCCUGGAGAUUUACAACGAGCAGAUAUUUGAUCUCCUGGACCCAGCCUCUACCGGCCUUCAUCUUAGAGAAAACUUCAAGCGUGGAGUCUUCGUGGACGGUCUGAUUGAGAAAGUCGUCACCACUCCAAGCGAUGCCUAUGAGGUGCUAUCAUCCGGCUGGUUGAAUAGGCGAGUAGCAUCUACCUCAAUGAACCGCGAGAGCAGUCGUAGUCAUGCUGUGUUCACUUUCUCCAUCCAGACAAAGGAGAAGAAAGCUGGUGUGUCCAACAUCCGCGUCUCGCAGCUCAAUCUGGUGGAUUUGGCUGGAAGCGAGAGGCAGAAAGACACCAAGACGUCUGGUCUAAGGUUGAAGGAGGCAGGGAGUAUCAACAAGUCUCUCUUGACCCUAGGUCACGUCAUUACGGCUCUGGUGGAUAUAAGUCAUGGGAAGACGAGGCAUGUCCCGUAUCGGGAUUCAAAGCUCAGCUUCUUACUGAGGGAUUCCUUGGGUGGUAACGCUAAGACAUGUAUCAUUGCUAAUGUGCAUCCUGGUGCUAAGUGUUUUGGGGAAACAUUGUCUACACUGAACUUCGCCAGGAGAGCUAAGAUGAUUAAAAAUAAGGCUGUUGUCAAUGAGGAUACCCAAGGCAAUACAGCCCACCUUCAAGCAGAGAUUAAACGGCUGAGAGAACAGCUACUACAGGUCAGGCAAGGGGGCAUACCUGUUGAUGUCAACAACCCAGUGCUGCUGACGCCAACCAGCCUAACAACCCCAAGUAGUCUCCUUACAGGGAGUUCCAAUAAUGAGAAGAAAUGGAAGAACUACUUUCUAGAUACCAUGUUCCUCAGGGAGAAAGUAGAAAAUGAGAAAAAGGUUCUACUUGAGAAGAUCACCAGGCUAGAAGAUCUUUGCAAUAAGAAGGAGCAGUCACUACAAUCCACCAAGAUGAUUCUCCGCUUCAGGGAGAACACCAUCUCCCAUCUCCAGAAGUCUAAGACUCAACCUGAGGAGUCUGCUCAAAGUCAGAUCAUGAAUAAUUUAAGAGGUGAGAUUGAAGCCCUGAAGGAUCAACUCGCCCACAACCCAACGGUCACCAAGUACGCCAUGGAGAACCACAAUCUGCGCCAUGAAAACAAGAAGCUGUUGGCGCUGCAGACGGUGCGAGCCAGCAUCGCAUCCGAUAACGAACGAGUUCAACAACUGGAGAAAACAUUCAGAGAAUUGAUGGCCAACCUGGAAGGAGGUGACCGAAGGAAGAGUGUCUGCCUAUCCCCAUCACGGACACCGUCUCAGCAUGGGGACCAGCACAUCGCUGUGUUGUCAACAUUUGAUAAAUACAAGACACAGUCUAAACAGCUACAGGCCGAGAGAGAUUCAGCCAGACAGGAGCUUCUUGAACAGGCAGAGGUUGCCCGCAAGACUCAGCUGAAACUGGAAGCAGAGGUAGCCUCCUACAAGAAGUCAGUCAACGAGCUUGAGAAUGCCCUGGAAGCCAUGAAAGUCAAGAAUAAGAUUGAAAGAGACACGAUGAACAGUCUACACAUGCAGACUAUCAUGACCAUAACGACACCCAAGAAGGCAGCCUACACUCUGCGUAAUCGGGUUGUGACCGUGCCGAAGGUAGACAGCACUCCACUCCAACCCUGCCGCCUUGAAGAAGAGGAUGACAGCCCCUCACCCCUCAGGGGUGCUGAGGGUAUCGUGGACGAAGAGAUCCCUGAACAAAUGAUAGAACAAUGCAACGAGGCGCUGACGGAUGAAGUCAGAAAACUGCAGAACGAGAACUCAAGUCUUGUACAGCAUCUUGAGGAUGAGGAGUGUGGGAGUCUGAAGCUGAAACAGACAAUAACGCUACUGGAGCAUGAACUGGAGCAGAGAAAUCAGCUACUCGAGUCUGAGAAAAAGGAGAAAACCAGUUUUAAAGAUCAAGUUGCAGAGUUGUCGGCCAAGCUUCAAGAAUUACAAAAAGACUAUUGCAUUUCUAAGAGUGAGGCGGAGGAUAUGAAGAUCAUGCUGAAGUCGGCUGACCGUGUGACUGAGGAGAAACAGAAGCGACUACAGAUCCAGAACAUGGAACGAGAUCGAGACUUCGCAUCCAUGGAAGCAAAGCUCCUUGGAAUCGAGAUGGAUGUUUCAAACAAAGCGAGGGAGAUUGAGAAAAUCACCGAAGAGAAAUUGGAGCUUCAGGAUGCUUGUGGCACGCUGCAAGCAGAGGUAGACUUUAAGGAGCAACGCCAGGAGGAAUUGGAGACGGUCGUUAAAGAUGAGAGGAAGAAACAUCAGCAGAUGGAGGACGAGAUGCAGUCGCUCAUGGAGAAACUGGACGCAGAAUUCCAAAAGAACUCCAAAUUAAUGGCUGAUUUACGAGAGGGCUCUGAUACCAAACGAGAACUCUUGGAGACCCUGGAGGUAACUGAGCGUCUACAAAAUGAGAACAGCGACUUGCAGACAGCUUGUCGGGAAAAGGAUUCUGAACUGAGCCAGUCGAAGGAGGAGUCUGUCCGAAUGGCCGCCAUGAUUUCAAGCCUCAACAAGAGAGCUACUGAGGAAAAGGAUGCCCUCGCUGGCAUGGUCAGUACUGUCCAGGACCUACGUGCAACCAUUCAGUUAAAGGAAGACUCCCUGAACAUGGUGACCAACGAGCUUGAGGACAUGAGGCAUCGUUGUCAAUCGUUGCAAGCUAGCCUAGAGGAGUACAAGGAUGAGGUACUAGGGGUGCAACGAGAGCUAGAGGAGAAGGGAGAAGAACUACAGAACCAGGGUUGGGCUUAUAGCAUGGAGAUGGAGAUGUUGCAAGAUGAUCUAGCUGAGGUCAGAGGUCAACAUGACACUCUGAUGCGAGAAAUGACAGAUCAGUUGGAGCUGGUGCAGGAACAGGUCGAUCAACUUAGGAAACAGUUAUCAGAUAAGAAUGAGGAGAUAAAAACGAUGCAAGAAUUGUACGAAGCUCAGCUGGAGGAGGCUAAAUCCAACAUUUCCACCGUUGUCGUCGAAACUGACCUGGAAACUGCCGAGAUGAAAAUGACCAUUGAUUCACAGCGAGUUGAAAUUGCAACGUUCAAGUCAAAGGAGAAGACAUUCACGGAACUUCAGGAGCAAUUUGAGAUCAUCAGAGAAGAAAAGAAUCUGGAAAUCCAACAAUUAAAGACAACUUUAGAGAAGUUGGAGCUCGUCCAAGUAGACAAGGAGAUUCUUGACGAUAAAUGUCAGAUGCUUGAGUAUCGACUUGAACAGUGGCAAAAUGAAACCAGAGAAAAGGAGUCAGAGACUAAAUUUACAAUCCAGGAGUUACGAAAUGAGGUCAGUCGAAUGAAUGUUGCGUUUGACAGCGCCACCAAGCUCAAAGAUGAGGCAACAGAGGGCAAACUCCAGAUAGAGUCAGCGCUUGCCCAACUACACUGCAACAAUCAAGUAAUGGGAGAAAACGCUGAUCAAAUGAUGGAAGAAUUGGAAAGGGUUAAGGCUGUGGAGAAUACACACUUCAAGGAGAAAGAGGACCUAAAAUCAACCCUUGAGGAACUCCAAGAAGAGCAGAUGAAACUCCACAAGGACAAGAAUCGGCUGGAGGAAAUAAUCAAGGAAAUGACAGCAGUUAACGCCAAGCUGGCCGGUCACCAGAACUUAAAGCAGAAGAUCCACUAUCAUCAACAAGUCAAGAAUGAAAACGUCAGCCUUAAAGAGCAACUGGCUAAAAUCCAAAAUAAAAGCAAACUGACGAGGGGAGAGUUGGAGCAGUACAAGAAAACUUUUGGUGAUCUGAAGCUAAACCGCAACGGAAGCAGCUCGGAGACGGACAACGAUUCUUCACCUCUGAAGACAGUCAAGGAGAACCUUGACCCAAGAUUGAUGACAUUGUGAGGAUCGACGUCCACUGAUUUUCAAUGGGUGCGUUCGAUUAGCUUCCCUGGGUCGACCCCGGUCUGCCCCCAGUACGCUUGAAAAGCUUUGACGU